AGGAGAAUUCGGAGGCUGCCAUGGCGGGGGGAGGGGGCGGCGGCGUCCGAUGUCGACUACGGCGGGCUCGGUCCGCUGGGGAGGCAGGGGCAGAUGCUGUUUCCUUUUCUCCAAGGCGCAGGUCUGAGAGGAACAUGGCAUCCACUGCUCAACCUGUGUCCCAGGGGAAGCCUCGCUUGUUGGCAAGCAAGAUGGUGGACAGCCCAAUUCCAGUACCAUUUGCAGUGAGGCCAAUAACCCUAAAAAAGAUCAUGCCACGUAAUCGGCCGGUAAAAGAGUCCAACGUAACCCUCCGGCGCAGUCCUCGGGUCUCCCUUAAAGAAAACAAGGAAAACGUCCCCGUGGGAAACGAUAAAGGCAAAAGCCCAGGCAAGGGUGACGCCAAAGCAAAGCUGAUGCCUUCUCCGCCGAACCGUUCUCUGGGUUCUGAAGCAGGGGGCCUGCUUGGGGAAGCAGAUGUGCUGUCUCCGAUCAACGCCAAUGCGCAGGAGUCCCUACCUGAGGAUGAGCGGGAUGCGGCCAUGGCCAAGAGAGUACGUCGAUCUUAUAGCCGUCUAGAGGUCUCCCUCAGCCACAGCUUCCUGAGAGACAGGGAGUCCCCCAGCUCCGGUUUCUCAGACACCUCCACGCCCAACCGUGGCCCAGACAAGCGACACACACUCUUUGGCUUCGACAAGCUCCUGGUUCCAGAAGAGCUAGGCAGCGUGCCUCCUGAGGACACAAGGACCAGCCCCAAGCUGACAGCAACGCUUCUGGAACCCAGUGUCUUCAAGGAGCCUGAUACAGACAUCCCAGGCAUUUCAUUUAUAAAGGAGAAACGGAAGAAGAAGAAGGUGCCACAGUUCAAUAAGACAGAGCUGGAUGAGUGGGCUGCCCAGAUGAAUGCAGAGUUUGAAGAAGCAGAGAUGUUUGACCUUCUUGUGGAAUAA